AUGUCAGCCUUCGAGAGCGUGGCCCAGGCCGUGGUCCAAGAGCUGGACCGCGGUGGGAGCCUCAUCCCCGUGGACAGCCUGCGGAGCUCCACGAGCUUCCAGCCCUACUGCCUGCUGCACAGAAAUCCCUCCCGCUCCCGGUUCUGGAAGCCGCGAUACUUGCGUGUCAACCUGUCCAUCUGGGACAUCCUGGAGCCCAGCACCCCGGAACCAGCCGUGCACUGCAGCGCCUCCGUCCACUUCCACGAUGCUGUGGACGGGCAGCUGCAGGGCAACGUGGAGCUGGGGGGCCCCGCUCAGGGCAAGCUGGCCGGUGGGGCCACCGUGGCCCGCAGCUCCAGCGCCUCCAUGGACGUGUGUGUGCUGCAUGUGGACUCCAGCACCUGGGAGACCCUGCAGCGGGAGAGGCGUGUGCGACAGCCCGAACACAAAAUCCUGCAGCAACUGCGCAGCCGCGGGGACGACGUGUACGUAGUGACAGAGGUGCUGCAGACGCAGAAGGAGGUGGAGGUCACCCGGACGCACAAACAGGAGGGCUUGGGCCAGUUCGCACUACCAGGGGGCUUGUGCAUACAGGGUGAGGGCCAGGGCCACCUGAACCGGAAGAAGACGGUCACCAUCCCUUCUGGCAGCAUCCUCGCCUUCCAGGUGGCCCAGCUGGUUAUCGGCUCUAACUGGGAUAUCUUCUUCUUCCCGGACAAGAAGCGGAGAACUUUCCAGCGCCCGGCAGCCCUCAAGGCCCCCAGUGGGGAAGCCAGCAGGUCACCACCCCCUCUACUCGCCUCUGUGAUGAAGUCAAUCCGAAAGCAUUGCAAGCUGCAGACCGACGGGUCGGAGGAGCAGUGGGCCUUGGUCACCGAGGACUGCGCUGGCCUUCGAGCGGAGCUGGAGGACUGGGCCAGGGACCUGGGGCACCUGAGCAGCGGGCUGCAGCGGGAGCUGCUGGGGGCCCUGGGGACGGUGCUCCGGGACGCGCGGGCCUUGCAGGCGCUGGAGGAGGCGCUGGAGGAGGGGCUGCGCUGUGGACUGGUGGAGCCAAGGGACGGGCCAGAGCGCGCCGUCCUUGAAUGCCUGGUGCUGCCGUCCCGAGAGCUGGUGAAGGAGCUGGCCGUCCCCACCCUCUACCUGCUGGGGGCCCUGGCUGCCCUGAAUGAGCCCCAGCAUCUCUUGGUGGCCCAGGCACUGGAGACCGGGGCCCUGCCAGGGCACCUCGAGCUGGUGGGGUGUGUCUUGGAGCAGAGCUCCCCGUGGCAGGAACCUAAGGCUGUGUCCCUGUCACCGGGUCUCCUGGGGAGUGGCUGGGGCGAGGAUGCCCCCACCUGGGUCCUGCUGGAGGAGUGUGGCUUGGAGCUGCAGGUGGACGCGCCCCAGGUGCGCUGGCAGCCCAGGGCCCAGGGCCGAACAUGCGCGCUCUACGCCGCCCUGACGCUGCUGCUGCGGCUGGGCCAGGCGCCCUGCUGA